AUGUAUGCGAAAUGGUUUGGUACAGUAAUGUUUUACUAUGUGAUUUUAGUGAAUCUCACUUUUUGUCAUUUUCAAAUUUCCCGCCGUUCCAUCCCCGUAUGUCCCGACACUCGCAGGGGACAGAACCCAGAAGACAGAUGCCGGCAUUGGCCGGAGGACAUUGCCGGGGACACUGCAGGAGAGACAUGGCGGGAGCGCAGGACAAGGUAAGAGAAGAACAUAUCCCGGAGCAGCGCCGCAUGGUAAGCCGAAUGUAGCUCGGGGUUACCGCUUGUGCUACACUCGGGAAUACCGCCAGGGAGGCUACCC